GCAGUUGCUGGAGGCGAAGCCCAGGAUUUGGUCCCUAGCGCACACUGCCACCUCCCUCAACCAGGCCGAGUACCCCUCCUGCAUGCUGAAACGCCAGGGAGGCUCGGCCGCCGCCGCCGUCUCCGCCCCGGUCAGUGUCAUCGACCGGCACCAGGAUUCGCCGGUCACCAACCUCAGGAACUGGGUGGACGGGGUGUUUCACGACCCCCUGUUCAGGCACAGUACUUUGAACCAAGCCUUGAGCAACACGACAGUUUCCUGGGCCACCACCAAAGGCGCCAUCCUGGAAACGGGCGCCUUGGGACGCGCGGUGGGGAACGGCGCCAGCGGGCUGAGGGGGCAGCUCUCAAACCUGGCCCACCAUGACUCAAACAAAGAGUUCCUGGCCUUCCCCAAAGCAGGAAGCAAAAUGUUUUGUUCCUAACGGGCCCGCCGAGGAGCGAAGGACUUUUGGACGCUUGGAGAGUCAGCAACACUGAAAACAGACUUGCGGGAGUUUAAAUAUAAAACUUUUCUCUUUUUUUCCUUUUUUUUUUUUUUUUUUUAACAACGAGGAUUUUAAAGUUCAGUUUGCUCAGUUCAUCGGACAGACUUUGCUCACUGAUAUUCUGAAGAAUUUCUCCUGGCUGCGACUUUAAGGGAUCAAUGUCGUGAAAGUUAUUUAAUUCCAUGUCCAAAAAGCACGUACUAUAGCGUAGACCUACUUAAAAAAGUUUACAUCCGAAAGUUUACAAAUGGGAAAUUUUAAUUCAGAUUUAAUUUAAGGCAUGCCGACAUUAGUUAUAAAGACUUUUCGAGAGUUUUUUCCUCCUGAUUUCCUUGUUAGCAUAUAAUUCACGAACAGCACUUCUACUAAGUUUACACCUACUGCACAAAUUUAUCUUGACAAAAAAAAAAAAAGAGACAAUAUGUUAAAAGGUAUGUUCACUUCAAUAAAUUGUCUGUUUCAG